AUGAGGCCCCCGCGGUGUCCCCUGCACACGCCCUCCCUGGCUUCCCCACUCCUUCUCCUCCUCUUCCUCCUGGGAGGAGGGGCAGAGGCUGAGGGCCCAGAGGACCCAGAGCUGCUGGUGACGGUGCGUGGGGGCCGGCUACGGGGCCUCCGCCUAAUGGCCCCUGGGGGCCCUGUCUCUGCUUUUCUGGGCAUCCCCUUCGCGGAGCCACCUGUGGGCCCCCGUCGCUUUCUGCCACCAGAGCCCAAGCGGCCCUGGCCAGGGGUGCUGAAUGCCACAGCCUUCCAAAGAGUCUGCUACCAAUAUGUAGACACCUUGUACCCCGGCUUUGAGGGCACUGAGAUGUGGAACCCCAACCGUGAGCUGAGCGAGGACUGCCUCUACCUCAAUGUGUGGACACCGUACCCCCGGCCUGCGUCCCCCACCCCUGUCCUCGUCUGGAUCUACGGGGGUGGCUUCUACAGCGGGGCCUCCUCCCUGGACGUGUAUGAUGGUCGCUUCCUGGCCCAGGCCGAGGGGACUGUGCUGGUGUCCAUGAACUACCGGGUGGGAGCCUUUGGCUUCUUGGCCCUGCCGGGGAGCCGGGAGGCCCCAGGCAAUGUGGGUCUACUGGAUCAGAGGCUGGCACUGCAGUGGGUGCAGGAGAACGUAGCAGCCUUCGGGGGGGAUCCAACGUCAGUGACUCUGUUUGGGGAAAGCGCAGGUGCCGCCUCCGUGGGCAUGCACCUGCUGUCCCCACCCAGCCGGGGCCUGUUCCACAGGGCCGUGCUGCAGAGCGGGGCACCCAAUGGGCCCUGGGCCACAGUGGGUGUGGGAGAGGCCCGCCGCAGGGCCACGCUGCUGGCCCGCCUCGUGGGCUGUCCGCCUGGUGGGGCUGGUGGCAAUGACACAGACCUGGUGGCCUGCCUGCGGACGCGGCCGUCUCAGGAUCUGGUGGACCACGAGUGGCAUGUGCUGCCUCAGGAAAGCGUCUUCCGCUUCUCCUUCGUGCCUGUGGUGGAUGGAGACUUCCUCAGUGACACGCCCGAAGCCCUCAUCAAUGCUGGAGACUUCCAUGGCCUGCAGGUGCUGGUGGGUGUGGUGAAGGAUGAGGGCUCCUAUUUUCUGGUUUACGGGGCCCCAGGCUUCAGCAAAGACAACGAGUCUCUCAUCAGCCGGGCCCAGUUCCUGGCCGGGGUGCGGGUCGGGGUCCCCCAGGCAAGUGACCUGGCUGCCGAGGCUGUGGUCCUGCAUUACACAGACUGGCUGCACCCUGAGGACCCGGCGCGCCUGAGGGAGGCCAUGAGUGAUGUGGUGGGCGACCACAACGUCGUGUGCCCCGUAGCCCAGCUGGCUGGGCGACUGGCUGCCCAAGGCGCUCGAGUCUAUGCCUACAUCUUUGAACACCGUGCAUCCACGCUCUCCUGGCCCCUCUGGAUGGGGGUGCCCCACGGCUACGAGAUCGAGUUUAUCUUCGGGCUCCCCCUGGAACCCUCGCUAAACUACACUGUCGAGGAGAGAACCUUUGCCCAACGACUGAUGAGAUACUGGGCCAACUUCGCCCGCACAGGGGACCCCAAUGACCCCCGGGACCCCAAAGCCCCUCAGUGGCCACCAUACACGGCGGGAGCGCAGCAGUACGUGAGCCUGAACCUGCGGCCGCUAGAGGUGCGGCGGGGGCUGCGCGCCCAGGCCUGCGCCUUCUGGAACCGCUUCCUACCCAAAUUGCUCAGCGCCACCGCCUCGGAGGCCCCCUGCACCUGCUCAGGCCCCGCCCACGGGGAGGCGGCCCCGAGGCCCAGGCCCGGCCUCCCCCUGUCCCUCCUCCUCCUCCUCUUCCUCCUCCUCUCCCGGCUCCUGCGGCUGUGA